GCUCGGGGUGCACAGGGCAUCACACCACCACAUCACUCUGUUCCCUAGCUUCUCUCGUGCUUGUGAUGGUGUGAACCAUAGGUGGCCUUCCCAAGCUGCUCCUCUCUCAUCUCUACAGCCAGCAAGCCCGAAGCAGCAGCCAGCAGGAGUCCCUCGUCGGUCGACCCAGUGAUCUCCGCCAUCAUCGCAAGCUCUCGUUACCUGCCUCAUAGCAUACAGUCGCUGAAUCAAGAAGGCUGCAGGUCAACCGAAGACACAUCCUAUCAUUCUUGGAUCAGAUUAAAAUUGCGAUCGUGAUCGAUUGGCUGCAUCAUGGGAGACUGCACUAAGCGCGUUAACGCACUGUUGCUACUUCUUCUCGUAUGCUUCGCUAUUCAUGGGCAGUUUGAAGUCAUCGGUGUCAAUGGCGAGCGUAUUCCUCCGUGGUGCACAAAGAGUGCAACUAUACCAAUCUGCAACCCGGAUAAAUAUAGAUGCUAUUGUUGUGUAGGCAAUUGGCAAUGCUACAAAACAAUGGACGAGUGUAGAGCCAAGUGUGCAUAUUUACCUCCCUCCUCUUCCUCUGUACUUCCAUGAAACCGGAUUCUUAUCAUGAGCUGGAAGAAAAAUGAAUAAGAUCCAGACAACAAACAAUUUGCUAUGAACUUAUUUGGCAAUUAUUCUUUGCAGUUUUUGGUUUGCGAAUUCCAUGUUGUACUCCAUGCAACAUAAAUAUUGUUCUGUUAGAAAAUAUGCUAGAUCGAAAUUAAUUAACUGAGUAUAUUAGAACAUAAUUGCUAUUUCACAUCUAGAUGUAAUAUACUUAUCUCACAUCUAAGUGCAGUACCGUUCGAUGUGUUUCUGCUUGAUUUUUCGUGCGAGCUUCUGAUCCCCGUCCAGCGCUCGCACCCCGCGCUGGUGUGGCUCGCAUCGGCCCGUUUGUCGUCGUUGUUUCACGUUUUUUUGUUGUGGCCCAUUGUUAUACUUCGGCCUUGGGCCCGUUUCUGUUUGUUUGUCCGGAGUUGUUUCCCCAAAGGAGAUGCAGGGCGUUCUUCAGCCCGUUCCUCUUCUCACUCCAUUCCUCUCUCUCAUCCAUCUGCGAGCGACGGGAGCAUGAAGGAGAAGGUGGCCAGGUCGCUCUGGGAGAAGAGAUGGAAGGGCAGUGGGAUGAGAUCGGUAAGCUGCAGACUACUUUCCAUUGGUGGGGGCAAGUUUCUUCAAACACUGGAGAAUAUGUUCAACUAACAAAAGAGCUUCUCACCAGCUGUGAAAGCAUUGAGUGGCAGGUGGAUGAGUUGGAAAAGACAAUUUCAGUUGCAUCAAGGGAUCCAGCGUAUUAUGGACUCGAUGAAGUUGAACUCUCCAGACGACAGAACUGGACCGGCUCUGCUCGUAAUCAGAUUGGUACUGUAAAAAGAGCUGUUGAAAAGGGGAAGAGUAAUCCUGCAAUGGCAAGAUAUCAGGACAAUGACACAAGCAGAACUAACUACUAUUCUUCCCAAGACAAUGAUGACUAUAUUGCUUCAGAAUCAGAUAGAGAGCUUCUACUAAUGAGGCAGCAGGAUGAUGAACUCGAUGAGCUCAGUGCGAACGUUCAGAGGAUUGGAGGUGUAGGGCUUACCAUACACGAAGAACUAUGUGGACAGGAAAGGAUCCUCAACAACCUAAGCCUGGAGAUGGAAACUACUUCCAACAGGCUCGACUUUGUGCAGAAACGAGUGGCGAUGGUGAUGAAGAAGGCCGGCAUCAAAGGGCAAAUCAUGCUCAUCCUCUUCCUGGUGGUCCUCUUCAUCAUACUCUUCGUUCUAGUGUUUUUGACAUAGCAAUAUACCACUACUUGUAUGGACGCGGAUUUUUAGAGCUUAGGCUCAUGGACACCUUCUAUCCAUACCUUCAAUAUAGCUUUGAGAUCCGUGCUAGACAACUAACUUACAACGUGAAAUUUUCUCUUUUUCGUUGCUUCCAAAUAAAACAACAUAUGAACUUCAACCUUUGCAAUAUAGCAAAAUAUUCUUAUUACAACGAGAGAAAAAACUUAUAGAUUUUGUUACUUGUAUAGCGUAUAGUGUACGUAUGUCCGUGUACCUGCUUACUGUAAGUUGUUUUCCACAUUAAGCAUUCUGCCUGUCGGCUGUGUUCCACGUUUAAAAGAAAAAUCUCUUGCGGUUGUGCUUGUUCUAUCAAGCUUGAGAUUAUCAAUUUAGCAUUGCUUAGAGACGAUAGAAGUAUUGACAGUUGGGAAACAUAGAUAGUCUCCCCAUAAAAUAGAUAAUGUUGUAGUAAGCACCUAUCUGAACACUCAAUCGGCAUCAAAAGAUGGCUUGAAAAAGGUACCUCAAAUAUAUCUACGAAUCCGAUGAACCAAAAGUGCUAUUCCGGCGUGUAAGCUUCUCGUAAAACUAGUAUGUAAGAAUAAGAUUGCUCUUUUCUUUUUCCUGUGGUUGUGUUGCAAUACAAUUUGGGUACCAUUUACUAGGUACCUUCUCAUAUCUACAUACAACAUGGAUUGUACAUGGACCCUCAUCGCCCAUAUAAGCCAAAAUUAUGUCA